AUGGACGCACUCAAAGCCUACCUCCCGCCAACAAAGGGCUAUUUGCCCUAUUACAUGUUUGUCACGUCGAUUCUCGCCGUCGGCAACUCGCUACAGAACUACCUCACACUGCACUACUCGCGACGUUUCUACAACGGCCAGUUCGUCCCCAACGCCUCUCUGCCCCCCAAGACGGCCGCCUUCAACCCGGAAGACUCGACCCAGAAGCUCGUGCCCGCUUCGCCCGCCAGCGCCAAGGAGGGCCGUACCCAGGACCAGGUGACUCCUCUCGCCGCGCGACUCUUCGCCACCUACACUCUCAUCUCAGCUAUUGUGCGCAUCUACGCGAGCCACAACCUGCACGUGGCACCCGUCUACAACAUCACGCUGUGGACCUACGUCGUUGCGCUGUUUCACUUCGGCUCCGAAUUCGCAGUGUACAGGACAGCCUAUCUCGGUCCGCCCAUCCUCUUUCCCUUCUUCUUCGCCACGGUCGGCAUUACAUGGAUGGUCAGCCAAUACAGUUUCUACGUCGAAUCGUGA